AAGGUCACUGGGCUGUAAACGGGACGCAGAGAACCAGAAUCGGUGGGCGAGGAAUCCGUUGCCACCUCCGGAACUCUGCCGGCCGCCCUCGGAGCUUCUCGGGGAGGCGAGGCGAGGCGAGGCGGGAGAGGCGGGCCAGGGUGUGGACGUGGGGUGCGAGCAGGGCGGGCGCGAGGGCCAGAGCUGAGCGCCACCUCAGUCGGCGCCGCAUCGGGGAAGCCUUCCGAGCCCGGCGGUCACCAGAGCGAGAGCAGGGAGAGACCCCGGGCGCCGGUCGUUGGGACGCCGGCCCCGCCUCCCCGCGAGCCCCACCCCCAGCCACUCCCCGGGCGGGGCGGGGCGGCGGGCGGCGUGCGGGCGGCGAGGAGCUGCGCGGGUUCUCCCGGGGCGCCCGCCCCGCCAGGGGCCUCCAGACCAACCUAGGAAAAGGCCUGCCUGUGCAGAACAGCCUGCCUGUCCAGACCAGGAAAUACCAAAGUCUGCCAAGUCCAAAGCCGUAAGAGGGUCAGGACCAGGGAGAGAGGCAGUCUGAGGAUCUUGGGCCAAAAGACCCUCUCCCUUUCCACCCUGGUUAUUGGACCAGCUUGCCCAGGCAGAGAAUACCAGGGGUCAGUCCAGAAAGCCCUUGAGAUGACCUGAUCUUGUGCCAGCCCUGCGCGUCCUAUCUGGCUCUGAUCUGUGCCUUACCUAGGAGGCCCUGAAACCGGCACCUGGCCAUGUGCAGCCCUGAGGAGGCAGCCCUGCUGCGGCUAGAGGAGGUCCACUCAGCCACCCUUGCCCGAAUCAACAGCCUCAUCCUCCAGCCUCUGCUCUCAGCCGACCCAGAGCCUUCAGAGCCCCAGGCCAGAGAAUGCCUGCGGCUCCUUCAAGAGCUACACAGGAGCUCCCAGGAACUGUGGGAGGUGACCGAGGAGAGUCUGCGUUCCCUGUGGGAGAGGCAGCGCCACCCGCACUCCAUUGGCCUGGAGUCCCUGCUGCUGCUGCGCAGUCCUGACCGUGUCCUGCAGGUCCACAUGGAGUACAUUGAAUCUUAUACAAGCUGUUUGGUGGUACAGGCCUUUCAGAAGGUGGCAAAGAGGAAGAGUGAGUACUGGCGUGGACAGAGGAAAGCGCUGCGGCAGCUCCUGACGGGCAUGAGCUCUGAGUGCUCAGUGGGCACCACGCUGGCCCAAGCCCUCCGCCAGCCCCUUACCCAGCACGUGCAGCAGUACGUGCUCCUCCUGCUGAGCCUCAGGGACACCAUCGGAGAGCGUCACCCUGCCAAGGAGCUGGUGAUGCAUGCAGUCACCCUCUUCGGGAACCUUCAGUCCUUCAUGGGUCAGGCGUUGGACCAGGCUGUGGCCACACAGGCUCUCUGGCACACCCUGAGCAGCCGGCAGAGGGAUGUGCUCUGUACCCCUGCUCACCGACUCCUGCAAGACAGCCAGGACGUCCCUGUGACGGUCACCCCGCUGCGGGCUGAGCGCGUGCUGCUCUUUGAUGAUGCCCUCGUCCUGUUGCAGGGCCACAAUGUCCAUACCUUUGAUCUGAAGCUGCUAUGGGUGGAUCCUGGGCAGGAGAGGUGCAUGUUCCACCUCCUCACACCAGAAGAAGAGCUCUCCUUUUGUGCCAGGGACCCCCAGAGCCAGGUGGUCUGGCAGUGGAAGGUGACCCAGGCCGUGUGCCAGGCCCUGUGUGGCAAGAAGGACUUCCCAGUGCUGGGGACUGGCCUGGAGCCAGCAGAGCCUCCCGCCUGCCGCUGCGGAUCGUACACCUUCCGAGCCGAGGGCCGGCUCUGCCAGGCCACCUACGAGGGCGAGUGGUUCCGGGGCAGGCCCCAUGGCAAGGGAACCCUGAAGUGGCCCAAUGGGCGGAAUCACGUGGGGAAUUUCCGCGAGGGCCUGGAGCAGGGCUUUGGCAUCCACCUGGUGCCCCAGGCCACCGAGGACAAGUUUGACUGUUACAAGUGCCACUGGCAGGAGGGCAGCAUGUGUGGCUACGGCAUCUGUGAGUACAGCAGCGACGAGGUGUACAAGGGCUACUUCCAGGACGGCCUGCGCCAUGGAUUUGGGGUGCUUGACAGUGCACCACAGGCGCCCCAGCCCUUCAGGUACACAGGCCACUGGGAGAAGGGCCAGAGGAGCGGCUUCGGCAUCCAGGAGGACAGUGACAGGGGUGAGCGCUACAUCGGCAUGUGGCGGGCGGACCAGCGCCAUGGCCCAGGGGUUGUGGUCACUCAGGCGGGUGUCUGCUACCAGGGCACCUUCCAAGUGGACAAGAUGGUGGGCCCGGGCGUCCUCCUCUCUGAAGACGACUCCCUGUAUGAGGGCUCCUUCACCAGGGACCUGACCCUCGUGGGCAAGGGCAAGGUGACCUUCCCCAAUGGCUUCACCCUGGAGGGCUCAUUUAGCAGUGGGACAGGGAAAGGACUCUAUACACAGGGUGUGCUGGACACAGCUGCCCUCCCACCGGACCCAAGCAGUACCUGCAAGAGGCAGCUGGGUCUGGGCGCCUUCCCGGUGGAGAGCCGCUGGCAGGGAGUCUACAACCCCUUCCGGGACUUUGUGCGCGCUGGCUGCCCUGGGGACCUGCAGGAGGCCCUGCUGGGCUUCCACGUGCAGAGCUCGAGGGAGCUGCGCAAGUCCCAGGAGUACCUGUGCUGCGAGAGGAGCCACCCGGAGGACAGUGCGGGCAGUGUGGAAGACAUCCUGGAGGAGCUGCUGCAGCACCGGGAGCCCGAGACCCUGCAGCAGUACCUCAGGAAGGCUCUGAGCAAUGCGCGGCACCCCCUGGGAAAGCUCCUGCAGACCCUGAUGCUGACCUUCCAGGCCUCGUACGCGGGCGUGGGGGCCAACAAGCACCUGCAGGGUCUGGCCCAGGAGGAGGUGAAGCAGCAUGCCCAGGAACUCUGGGCCGCCUACAGGGGUCUGCUGCAGGUUGCCCUACAGCGCAAGGGCCAGGCCCUAGAGGAGGAAGACGAAGAGACAAGGGAACUCCAUGUGCAUGGACUGAUGCUGCCCCUCGUGCUGCCCAGCUUCUACUCGGAGCUCUUCACCCUCUACUUGCUUCUCCACGAGAGGGAGGACAGUCUCUACAGCCAGGGCAUCACCAACCUGAGCCUGUUUCCCGACACCAAGUUGCUGGAGUUCCUCGAUGUGCAGAAGCACCUGUGGCCCCUCAAGGACCUCAAGCUGACGACCAAUCAGAGGUACUCCCUGGUCAGGGACAAGUGCUUCCUGUCUGCCACCGAGUGCCUGCAGAAGAUCAUGACCACAGUGGACCCUCGGGAGAAGCUGGAGGUGCUGGAGAAGACAUAUGGGGAAAUCGAGGCCACCGUGACGCGGGUGCUGGGCCGGGAGCACAAGCUGCCCAUGGAUGACCUACUGCCCUUGCUCAUCUACGUAGUGUCCCGGGCCCGAAUUCAGCACCUGGGAGCCGAGAUCCACCUGAUCCGGGACAUGAUGGACCCUGUCCACAUAGGAGGCCUGUAUGACUUCCUGCUCACAGCCUUGGAGUCCUGUUACGAGCACAUCCAGAAGGAAGACAUGCGGCUGCGCCACCUGCCUGGCCACUGGGACUCCAGGGAGCUCUGGUAGCUCGGCCUUGCCUGGCGAACAGCAGCACUGAGAAGGCCGCGUGGACUGCCCGCAGGAGCAGGCACUGCCCACCGGCUCCUGAGCGCCCAGGGCCAAGAGCAGGAUGGGCCCCUGGAGGAGCUCUUGGAGGAGACGGGCGCUUUGUUUUUCCAGGAGAGAUGCUGCUGCUUCCCGACUGGAGUGAGGUCCAGGGCGACAGGUGGGGCCCCAGAGCUUUUGGUUUUCCUUUGGCCACUAGGCCAGCCUCCAAUGACCCCUUAACCUACAGCAGCUCACAGUCUGGGGUGAGGAGUCGCUGGCUUCUCUGACUGAACCUUGCUCCCAAGUUACUGAGCCUCUCUGGGCCUCGUGUUGCCAUCUGUCAAAUGGUGGGGUGGACGGUCCAUAAAGGCCCUUCCAGCCAACUUGCUGGAUUCUGGAGUCCUUUCUGAAGCCAGCCUUUAGUGCACCGAGGUUUUCUCACACCGCCGUUGGUCCCGUCCUGCCUCUCCACUCCCCGUCGAAGGACUCCAGGCUGCCAAGGGCUGUUCUUCCAGUCUUCACCCCUUAAGUGUUCUUCUGGCAACCUGCCUCCUUCCCAGCUCUUCCCAGCGCCGAGCUGCCUCUCAGGGUGUGUGGCAGAAAGGCUCCUGCUCCUUGCCAUCUGCUGGGUGGCUGUGGCAGGCGCUUGCCCUGCUGCGCGUGCAGUCGAGAGGGUGGACUUGGAGUCCUUGAACUGCAGUUGCUCGCCUGUGACAUACAUGGCGGUGGAGGGUGGGCAGUAAACCCACCUGGCUCGCCUUACGCUAGCAGACCCCAAGUGGUUCAUGAAUUACAUGCCCGAGGUCUCUGUUGGUAUGUCUGGAAGGAACAGCAGGGUACACGAGACCAAUCUGUGCCCUGACCGAUAAGCACCUGGGGCUCGGGCUUCUCAGGAGUUGGGCAGCGUGGACUUUACUUUGUUUCUCAGGUGAGACCACCCCAUGCAGGAGCUGGACUUGGGGCAGCCUCAUCCCUCCCUGCUCUCAGUUUCUCUUCCCCACAUCCAGGAGCUUGGAUCAGGUGACCUACAGGGUUUCCCACUGCCCUAAAAGGAGUUGAGUGACAGUGGGCAGUGUGACUGAGCUCUGAAGUGGCCGGAAGGAGUGAAGCAUGGGCAGAGGGUGUGCUCUUGCAAGGGUCCAGGCUGGGAGGGUGAGCGGGCCUAGGGCCUGUGCUGGGCCCGAGGUCAUAAACAGGGCUGGUUCUUGUUCAUGACUCCAGGUGUGCCUCCCACCAACAAAGCACUGGCCUCAGCCUGUAAAGGAAGGGCUGGAAGCCACCAAGAAAGCCACUCACCCCUGAGGGCAAGGCUCAGCCCCACCAGGGCCCCAGGGCUGGGGGGCCAAAGGAGCCUUGGAGAUAGGGCAGGAUAGGGCAGAGAGAACCAGCUGGCACUGCCACCUCCAGAGGAGCAGGAGAGGCUGGUUCCACAGAAUACACCAGCCUAAACAAAGGGCCUGGGGCUCUGGUUCUGCUAGGAACCUGUGGUGUCCCCAAGAAAGUUCCCAGGAAGAUGCCUACCCAGGAUGGCCAAAGCUCACCAGUACUUCAGUGUUCUUCAGCUAUUACUAGCUAGUUCUUUCCCUUUGACAAGUGAGAACUUCCUGACCCCAUGCCUCAAAGGCAGCCCUGAAUUUCUGCAGAGACCUUACAACGCUUCUGGCCUCUGGGAUCCAUGAGCCCUUGCUGCAGCACUCAGGUGACAAGGCCCUGCUGCACAUCCUCCAGCUGGGUCUCACCCAGAACCAGCUGAACCAAAGCCUCUUGACACGGCCUUGUGGGCCAUAAUAACAGGGUCCUGGGAGGUCCCAAAGGCCACCAAGGGUGUAGCAGACCCUCACAGCAAAACCCACAGAGCAGACAGGAGCCUUUGCAUUAGAGCGUAGGGAGAUGGAGAGCGAGGUGGGUGCUUCAUUGCAGAAGUCAGGUGGUGCCUCCAGGAGCUGCUGCAGAUGGGUCACCUGUAGGCCAUCACACCUCAGUGACAGCCUCUCCCAGCUGAAUUCUUCUGCAGGGGAUGACUAUGUGCCAUCCUGGAAUGUCUCCCACUCUUUGAUGACUGGGCCAUGUCAACAGAACUGGCUUAGGAGCUGUCACAUACAUAUGAUCAAUGUCCAUAACCGCCCAGAUCCAGCAGGUGUAGAGGUAAAAGAAGCAGCGGGUUCCAGCAGCCUGGUUCCCCAGAGGAAGGUGGGGAGGGGAGAGAGAGAGAACUUACGGCAUGGUCUCUGAGAGCUGUGGCCUGUUCUCAUUCUGCCUCCCUGCUUCAAAAUCAAGCAUUUUAUUCCAGUGGGAAUAAAAUUUCUGGGGAAUGACCACAAUUAGAGUCCACUUAUUUCUUUAGAUUUAAAAAAGCCCACUUCAUCUUUUAAUGGUACCUGCUGCCUCUGGGUGAAAGGGGAUGUGAAAUGUCCCACAGAGGCCCAGGUAGCUGCCACUGCCGAUACUCUGGCUGGGCCCGUGGUACCACUGCCAGCCUGCUGUGUUCAGCGAGUUCAAGUGCCCAGCACCUCAGGAUCUCAGUGUCCACAGCUGCUCUACAAAUGGGACUUGUGAGAUGCCUACAAAAUGCAUAUACUGUGGUCCAGGCCCGGUGCCACUUCUGGGAGGCUGGGAGAGGUUUGCAAAAUCUUGCCAGGACUGGGAAGGCCUGAUGUGUUGGACUAUGCACCCUGGAGUCCCUUGGUCACUUGACUGUGGAGCCUGCUCUCAGGCAUGUUUGCCAGGUUUCCUGGGCCUCAUGUGUUGGAAUCACAGGGCCUUGGUUUGGGCCCAGUCCUGAACUCUAGAUGGUUUGCCACGCCUGUGUGAUGGCAUAUCCAGGUAGCUGAGGUCCUUACCUGGGCUUUGCAGAAUUGGUCAUCUUGUGGUUCCACUGAUGUGCAUUCCCAAAGGGUCCUUUUCUGUGGGCAUCCAUAUAUGUCAUGACAGAGGGUAUGUGUAACUUGCUACCAUAAUGUUUGUCCCUGUGGAGGGUUGGAGCUGGAAAAUCCGGUUGUUCUUUCAUUAGGUGGACACUAGAUACCAGUAGGUGAAAAUGUAAUGUGGCACAUCACUGUCUGCCUUCUGCUCAUGGAGCAGAGAUUUUUCUUCAUACAGUUUUAAACAUUUUUUUUUUUUCUAUGACUGUCCAGCCUGAGGGGGGUCUUUCACUUAGCUGAUCCAUGGGAUCCCAGGGCAGAAUGCUGGAAAACAGAUCCUGGAGUCUCUGGAAGUGCUGCUCCCUCCCCGCUCCCAGUAUAUAGGGAGCAAGGAAUUUCCAUUGGAAAUUCCCCUGUGAGGUGCUUUGGAGUCCUUCUCUGUUCCUGCCCUCCCUCAUGUGAUCUUAUGGCACUGUUUCAACCGGGAGUAAGGUCCUUGAGAGGAAGGGGUGUCCCUUCUGGCCUCAGGCGACUCAUCAGUAAUGGCCUUAGUUGCUUCAGUCCCAUCCUGGAAUCCAACUGCAACCCUCCCUCUAUUCCCAGGCAAGCACCACCCUGUGGAGUCCCUGCCUGGAAGCCUUUGCUAUUUGAUUCAUUACCUUUGAUUGGCAGCUGGAUGAGGAGAGAGGCAGGUGGAUGACCUGCCAGGAAGAGCGGGAGGCUCAGUCCUCUCCCUGUCCUCCUGGAGCUCCCAGUCCAGUGAGAAGCAGGAAAUUGAGUUAGGAAGUGGUGUCAAUAAGGACAACACACACACAAUGACAGGAUGCAGGACCAGGCAGGUGCAGCAGGCUGCAGCCGGGGAAGCCUCUUGUGGGAGCAAUGUGGAGGCCGGAAAGUGCUCUGGGCAGAGUAGGGGCCAGGCAGAGGACACGGUGCAGAGGCCAUGAGGUGGGAGAGGCUGCAGGGGCUCCAGGUCAUUGAAACAGGUGGCAAGUGUGACCAGAGCACAGAGGACAGAGGCAGGGUUCAUGCUGAGCAGACAGAGAGGUUCUGGGUGAUCCCAAGCUGAAGGGGUGGGACUUGAUUCCAGGUGCACUGGGAGGCCGCUGGAGGGCAGGGAGCAGUUGCUGGCUUCCCACGGCUCCCUCUAGCGGCCUUGCAGAGAACUGCCUGGGGUGGGGGCAGGAAGACCAGAAGGAGGCCGGGACUGGUAUCCAGCUGUGACCACAACCCAGAGAGGGGUGCUUGUGGACAUGGAGAGGAGUGAUGUUCUUGAGACCCAUGUUGGGCUUAGGACUGGCAUGUGCUGCCAGAACGGAGGUGGGGACAGGCAGGGAGGAAGUGAGCUCUCUCAGGAUUGCUGGGUGCACCCCGAGGCCUGAUCAGGGACGAAGGGAAGCUGGGCUCUGCGGAAAUGGGAGAGAUGUCAGAUCUCUUCAGAAACAGGAGUGGAGAAUGGACUAAGCCCGGGGACCUCGCACAUCUCCACACAGGCCACGUAGGAAGACGUUCAAACUGCUGCCGGACCUGCUCAGCCCGCCGGGCCGUGGGCGGCCACCCUGAGGCCCUCUCAUCCGUCUCCCCUUCACACACAUGCUUACUGUCUGGCCAUCUGGGUGACGCGCUGCUCAUGCUGCCAUUUGGUCCCUCUGGUUCACUGUUGCCUGGCGGAACCCGGCCCUCCAGGGCUGACUUCACGCUCUUCUUGUCUUUGUAAAUAAUAAACUGCAAUCACAGAGGCGGCUGUGCAGAGCCCUCUGUCCCUGAUGCUGCCCACUUCCCCUCUGUUCUGUCCUCAGUGGCUUUCAUCCCCCCUGCCCCAGAGCCCAGGAGAGCUCUGGAGAUCAGGAGGGCACCACUUGGGUGGCUGGCUUCAGGUCUCUUGCUGCACAGCCUAGAAACAUUCCCGGCUCCACCCGUGGGUGAUAGCGAGCCCAUGGGACCCUGGGGCUGGCUCCUGUGGGCCUCUUCUGUUUUUCCUCCAAAAGGUAUUGUGACUUCACUGGUCUCACGUUGGGUGCCAGUUUUCAACUGGUGACAGUGCCCAAGUGACAGCAUGGGGCUAACACUUCUGUAGCUGCUCAUGGACUUGGCACACCUUCACGGACCUGGCCAGUAAAGGAACCAUGAGCCCCUGUGGAAUUAGAGCUUAUUGCGAAGGUGAAAUGACAGAAACCCUUUGUGGAGUGCAAUAUCAAGCAGAUGAAUGAUUUCUGAUCGA